AACAACAACACAGGACAUUCAAGAACAACCAAAACCAAAAACACAAAAGACACAGAGAAUGUCUUCGUCAAUGUCCACAUUAAUCUCAUCCUCUCUCUCACAAACCCUCAAGAUAAGAACCCUAAUUAUUCCUCUCUCUCCCCACACCCUUUUCACUUCCAAAACUCCACCAUCCUCAAUUUCCCUCACAAACACCAAUAAAAUCACCAUGUUCACCCCUCAACCCAAUCAAAUAUCCGAACACCCGCAACGGGUCCCACCCGAGAUCCCUUCCCUGCCAAAAGUUCAACCUUCUCCCGUUCCCAGUGAGAAACCCGUGAUUCCUACCCCUGACCCGGAAACCGACCCCAAUGUACCACCCGAAAUAGUCACCACACCCGAAAUAUUCACGGAUCCGGCUCCUGGCCCGUACCCGAAUCCGAAACCGGAUGCCCCAAAACCCCCGCUGACCCCACCCGGGAUUGAGACGCCGCUGCCGAAGCCGCCGGAGAAGGUGCCACAGCAACCACCGGAAGUGGAUCCACCGCGGCCCCCGGAGAUUUUGCCGCCGCCAAGUGCUCCGCCGCCGGGUAUAACGCCACCCACUGGACCAAGUAUCAUUGGGUAGAACAAAAGCAUGAACAGUAUAUAUUUUAAGUGUUUAUUUAAGGUUAUUCUAUGAAGAAAAAAUAGUUAUUAAGUUUUUCUUUAUUUUAUUAUUUAUAUCCCACCAAUAUACUGCAUAGUGGUGUUUUUCAUUUUUACUUCUGUAGCAAAUGUUUAGGUAGCAAGUAAGACCAUAAUUCCAAUAAAAAAUUAAGAGGAAAUUACAUGAAUAGUAGUGAAAAAAAUAUUAUCCGUAUUUUUAAUUUA